GUAUCUGGAAACGCGGCCUGAUCCCGAGUCGAGUGAUUACAACGUCGAGCAACGUCGAGCUGCUGGUGAUCACCACCACCAACAAGGUCGAGCGAGCACGAGUACUGGUCCUCCAGAACAAAAAUCAGAAGAGGGACUGGAUUAUUCUAUUGGUCAUGGCGGAACAAGAGCUGCGGCAGAGGUACCCGCUGACCGACUGUCUUCGAGAAUUGUCACAGAAACCGAAGUUCUGCGUCUAAAACCGGUAACGACACUAAAGUGGUGGCCGCGGAGCUCUUGGCCAACACUUUUGCCCGCGCGGGAAGAAAGAAAGUGGCUGAGUGAUGGCCGAAAAUGACGGCCAGGGAGCUCUUGGCCAUCACUUUCGCCCGACCGUGCCGGAAGUCUUUGUGGUGCAGGUAGUACUUCUCCCAUCAUCACACCCAUACGGUGUU